AUGUCGGUCUCUUGCAAGAACAGCCUUCUCUCACGGGUAACAAGCAUCGAAAAGGCGGCCGAGGUAGCAAAGAAGGCGGCGCCCAAAGUGGUGCAGCUGUCGGAGGAGGCCAAGACACUACCACCACACAUCCGGAGCGUCACAGAGCCCGCAAAGCUAAACGCGCAAACGCCGUUUUUUAAAUGUCCGCCGUGGGCUGGGCUUCCUGCCAUUGCAUGUCAUCUGCAAUGCACCCGUGAUGGGGUCCCAAUGGCAUCCUUGGGGCUUGAGCGGUUUCCCUUCUACUUGUUUGGACGAAGCCGCGUGUGUGACUACGUUCUUGAGCACCCGUCGAUCAGCAGCAUUCAUGCCGUUCUCGUUUUUCACAGUGAACAGCAGUGCUUUGUGCUCAUGGACUUGGGUUCUACGAACGGCAUCAAGCUAAACGGCACCCGCAUUGAAAGGAGACGACCCAUUCCCGCACCUAUCGGUAGCCGUAUUCAGUUUGGUUUCAGUAGUCGCAUGUACAAGGUUGCUCGAGGGCCACCGCCUUCAUCGAAGCGCUUGCGUGAAGAGCAGGAGGGAGAGGCAGUCGCGAAGGGAAAGGACCAGGAGAAUAAUUCUAGCCGUGAUGUUGUUGUUAGGGACAGCCACGUGGGGGAGGCUGGCAGUUAUACCACUCCUACGGCUGCCACAAGUGCGGAGGAUAAACGGGAUGGCGGGGCCGUCACUGCGAGUUUAGAAACCCAUAAGCGAGAGGUGGACAAGGCUGAGCAGGGGCAGGGUGUUGCUGCUGCUGCUGCUGCUGCUGCCGCCCCUGCACCUCCACCUCCGGCUGCAGUGGCAGUGUCGGUGCAGGCCCCCCCAGAGCAGUCCGGCUCCGUCACGGCUCCUGAGCCGCUUCCUCCCGUGUUGCCGCCGCCGACCGAAAAGCGGCAUCUGUACCAGGUGCUAAUCAAGCAUAAGGAUGUGCGUCGUCCUGUUUCUCUCGCCCCGCGUAAUAAGGGUGAUAAAAUAACGCGGUCAAAAUCCGAUGCGUUGACAUUGGCGGGGGCGAUUCUCGCGCGUCAUGGCGACCAGAAAGCGGUGUGGUCGCUCGAUGAAUUUAUCACAGUGGUUCGUGACUACAGUGAGUGUGGUUCUGCCAAACGGAAUGGUGAUUUGGGCAUGGUGGAGAGCGGCACUUAUACGGAGAGCUUCGACCUCGCGGCAUUCGCGCUUGACUGUGGCAGGGUAAGUGCACCGGUGGAGACGGAACUCGGUGUGCAUCUUAUUUACCGCGCGGCCUAA